AUGUAUGAAGAAAUGGGUUCUUUUACUGAAGACAUCUCUCGCCGCUUCUCUCUGCCUUCUUUCAGGUCUAGCACCAGUGUGGCUGCCUCUGACGUAGGCGAGGAGCGCCGACUGCCCCCUCUUCCUCAGAUUUUGCCGCUGCCACCCCGCGGUCCUUUCAGCCCAUUCAAUGUGAAGGACACCCUUGUUCCUAAUACCCCAGGGCCCCAGGAGACUUUCCAAUUCAAGUCACCAUGGGCGGCUACCGAGCUCAUCACUACACCUCCCUCACCGGCGAACUCUGCCGAGGGCUCUUGGCAAGAGUCAUUUGCCAUGCCAAAGUCCAACUCGGUCGAUUGGCCCAAUGAUCUCUCCCAGACCGAGAUCAUGGCUCUGGUAGCCCCACAGAAUCUCAACCGCAAGGCCCCCCUACAGCAGCUUUGUGGCCGCAAGCGCAAGGGCAGUACCCAAUCUACCGAGGAUGACCAGCGCGAGAAGCACCGCAUUGCUGAGGGCAACCGUCGCAGCAAUCUCAGCGAGCUGCAUCGCCAGUUAGACAGCCGCAUCCAUGAUUUUUUCCUCGAGCGUGCAGGCUGGAACCCUUCCAAGAGCCUGACUCAAUCCAAGGAGCACAUCGUGCAAGGAGCCAUCUACCUAAUUGACUUCAUGCUAGCCAUUAUCGUCCACCUUAUCCGUCAGGAACAGGUCACCCCACAGCUCUCAGAGAAGCUGCAACCCCAGGUCCGCUGCAUGCAGCUGCAGCAACUAGUCAGCUCCCUACAGCAACAAAAUCUGACGAUCCAGCAACAGAUCAAGGCCACCAAGGCCGAGAACGAGAUUCUCGCUGACCGCAACCGUGCCCUGGAGUUCCAGCUCAAGUCCUACGAGCAGAUGUUCCGUUCCCCCAAGUCCGAAUGCACCUCCCCUGGCCCCGUCCUUGAGUUCCCCGAACACAAACGCCAGAAGAAGAAUGGCCUACCUGGCAUGCGCGUGCUCUGCGAUGAGGUUGCUACUAGCUUGCCCUCCGAGGCUCCCUAUGCCGUUCAGUACUAUGACUCCAUGCCUAGCUCGACUCACCACUCAUUCAGCAAUUCCUACCUCACUGCCACCCCGCCUAUGACUGGUCCUGCUUCUCCUGCUUUUCCCCCUUCUCAGUCGUCCUCUCUUUCGUUCCCGCCGCCAUCCCGUCGCCCCUCUCUCAUUGCAUCUCCAUAA